UGUGAGUGUUCCAAGUUACUGGAAAUCCAUAACAUUAUUCCAUCAGCUGCAAGCGUUAAUAAAUCAGUACUUACUGAGAGGAUUCUUAUUUGUUGAGCGGUGCUCCGAACAAUUCGGCGGAACGAUUUUCCAUCAACAACUAUGGCGAAUGAUUCUGUAGAAGGUCUCAAGUUGCAGUUAGUUUACGGCUCGACGAAACACCAGCUGAACCUUCAGCUACCAGAGAAUGACGAUGUCCUCACAGUGGCGCGUCUCUCCGACGCAGUCGCUGACCUCACACAGGUUCCACGGAAACAGCAGAAACUUAUCUUUAAAGGUCGGUCACUGAAGAAUCCCGAUGACAGUCUGACAUCACUUGGACUCAAACAAGGGUCAAAGGUUAUGCUGUUAGGCAAAAAGCUGGAUCCUGAUGACGCUGGAGAUGUGAUGAAGAUGAAAUCAGCCAGCCAGGAUCUUGAUAAACUGAGAGAGAGGCUCACUGAAAUCUCCACCAGACUUGACGGAAUAGACAAGGGGUUUCUAGAUGAAGACAAGAAGGAGUCCAGUCUGAGGGAGAUCAGCAGACAGCUGUCUGUUUUAACCGAGAGUCUCAUGAAGCAACUCGAAUCUCUCGACGCCCUUCGCUUCGACGAUGAUAACAAAGUGGCACGAACGAGAAGAAAAAAUUUGGUUGAUAAUAUACAGCAUGAUGUGUGCAUGGCAGUCCACUGGACCUGAGCCCAAACAGAUCUCUGUGAAAUGUGGCAUUGGACAAUGAUGGAUAAGUCAGAAUCUCUGUCGCAGCAUGUUGAAGAAAUGUUAGCUAGGAACAAGUUGUGAUGACAAGAUUAAUCUUUUGUGUUGUAUGCCUGUCCUAAUGUCAGACAUUGUCCAGUGUUAUACCGAAUACAAUUUGUUUUUAUU